AUGGAAUUGUUCGACUUGUCAGUAGACGAUGCUAUUUCAGAAUCCGUUCAAACAUUGACUUUAGAGGGAGUUGAUCUCUCCGAUAUUGUGAAAGAUAUGAUCAAGUAUGAAAACGGUCAUCCAUGUGCCAUAGCUAUCAAAAACCUUGAAGGAUUUUUGGAGACGGACCGUGAUAGUUCUAAAGUGUCGGAAGCUCUGCAGUCCCUACAGUUACCAAGAAACUCUGACAAUGCUGUUCGUAAAAUGUUAAUCGAUAUGAAUUCUGUAGAUAUCUUACUAAACCUUUUUGAUCUGUAUACUCCAGUUCAAGACUAUGGUCUGUGUACGUCCUUGUUAAAUGUGUUGUCCAGAAUAAUUAAAGGCCACUCUGAUUCGAUUAGGGAAAAUCAUAUCCAAAAGCUAGUAGAUUUACUUUUGAAAUUAAUUGGUGAAUUUAACGAAAAUACAUCUACAGAUUCGGAAUUCAAUUUGAUUGCCGCAAUCUAUUCAGUGUUACAUCUCAGUUGUACAAAAAAUGAGAAGAAUAGAACUUAUAUUUCCCAAACUCAAACUGUUACUCAGACUAUAAAUUUCUUCAUGAGAAUUACAGAGCUGUUUGAGAAUCUUCCUUUUAAUGCUUUCUACCCUACAAUAAAAGAGGGAUGUGGAUUCCUACGACCACUAACCAUUGAUGAUGAUUUGGAUGCUGAAUUCGGUCUAGGAAGUGAAAAUGCUCGCACAAUUGCCAAAACCGACUCGUGUUUGGAAGUAUUUGUCAAGCUGAUUUCAAAGAUUUUAAACUCUACAAAUGUCAAUGGAAUUUCUGACCUAUUUCAGACAUUAUCAACUAUAAUUACUCGUGAGGAGUUGUGCAUCAAAUUCGCAUCACUAAAUGGCAUUGAUAUACUAAUGCAAACUAUCUAUUCUAAUAUAAAGUCAGCUGUUAUUGUUUCGUCUGCACUGAUGCUGUUACAAGCAGUAUGUGGUUCAGAUGCUUGUAAAUUAUCUGUUAGUAAUUGGUCAAUGCACAAUAUUUCUGGACCUCAGCUUAUUGUAGAUAUGUUUGAGGAACAUAUAAAAAGUCCGGUUGUUACAAAAUACAUCUCAGGUACCCGUUUUUUUCUGAUUAAGACUCUCGAGUUUCAUUUAUCCAAUGCCUCAACUGUACGAGCAACAUGUAGAGCUAUACGUAACUGUGUUUCACGAUCUCCAGAAUUACGGUCUUCUUUUUUGACAUCAGAAUGUGGUUCCGACAGUGGUUUAGAAAAACUGUUGAAUUCUGCACUGAAAAUCCCAUCAUGCUGUGAUGAAGCUAAAGCAGCUCUUCGGGACUUAAACUGCAAAGUUGAGCUUCGGGAGUUUUGGAAAGGCCCUCUACAAACUGGCCUAAUAAGUAGUGGUUGA